UAUUUAAGAGGCGGAAAGUUUGGCAGUAAACGAGUACUGAAGUCACACGUCAAACAGAAAGCAGAACUUUCAGGAAUUAUGGAAGGAGAACUAUAGAAGGGGACGAAGUCAUCAAGUUGCGAUCACCUACUCUUGAUCAUUCACUGUUGUCCCAGUUUUCUACUUUCAUAAAAUAUGGGAUACGAGUGUACAGUUGAAGGGCUGGUAGCCGCUCUGCUGGGGUUUGUUUUCUUGUACAACGCUUUCGUAAGAGGAUUCAACAAGACAAAAGCUGCAGCAGGUGCUGCUUCUUCUUCUUCUUCCAUGGUGUCUCCAAUGGAAAAUUGUGUGAAGAAAACAGGGAAUGGCGAGGUUGCUGGGAGUACAGACAUUGUCAUAGUUGGCGCUGGAGUUGCUGGUUCUGCUCUUGCUUAUACACUUGGAAAGGACAUUACACCGACAUGUGUAACUAAUAUUGUCAUGAUCUGGAACUCUCAUAAAACCCAUGACAGCCGUCGCGACGUCCCGAUAGGCACUUAUUACCUGAAAUGCUGGUCCACAGAACCUCCACUGUAG